AGCCAUUCUGUCUCAAGGUGGUCAAAAGAGCCAUCGUCUUGCACCUUUUCGGCCUGUGUGCCGCUCCCAUCGCCUUACCAGCGCACGCGGCCAUGUUCGCUGGUCAUCCGAUGCAGUCCCAAAGCUCGGCCGGCGGCAACGCUGAUGUCUCCGAGCCUCCUGCAGUCCAUUCCCAGGCGACCGGUCCUGGCGAGGCGGGCUCCGCCGCCAGCAUCAGAGAGCUCGAACGGGCUUCCGUCGACCCCGAGACCGCCGCAGGCUUCGAGGCGGCCGAGGCCAAGCCGCAGCUCGCGGCCAGGCUGCCCUCGGCGCUCGGGCGCGCGCUGAGCGCGGUGGGGAGCCGCGCAGGGGGCUCCGCGGCGAGCCUGCCCGAGGAGGUGGACGAGGAGGAAUCCAGCCUGCCCAAGCCCCAGAAGUGGUGCUGGGCAUGCAGAAACCACUGCGGCAAGGGCAAGGGCGGCAGCUGCUACUGGUGCUUCGUGAUCGUGUUCCUCACGUUCGUCUUCGAGUUCCCUUGUUUCCUUGUUUGGAUGGUCAAUAGUCCAUUGCCGUACCAGUUUUGGAACGAGGACUACGCUAAAUGGCCCAUCCUGGAGGACCACGACUUCAUUCAGCACGGGACAAUUACUGACUAUGCACUGGAGAUGUCAGGCGUCCCCAAGGCCUACUCGCAGUGCAAUCACUCAUGCACGGGAGGUUCCGGCAGUGGUGACGGCGUGAGUUUCCAGGUAAGCAUGAAGCUAGACGCCCCUGGCUUUGACUACACCGCCUUCCCGGUGCUGCUCGCCUCAAACGACUUCGAAGAUUGGUGGGUGGCCUCAGACAAGCGGGACGCCUCGCCGACCCCCUUCUUCCCGAGCCACAACGCCGGCGAGGCGGCGAUCUAUACGUACGUGACCGAAGACUGCACGCGCGUCCCCGAACUCCCCGAGCUGAGCAUGGAGCCGAUACCACCCACCGAGCAGUUCGCGUCCGCUCCCACUUACGUGAUGGCCUGUGUGGCCUGGUCUGCAGACAAGGUGGCGUGGCAUGACUCGAACGAUGUGAUCGAGGGCUUCUCGAUCGAGAAGCUCGGUCUGUACUGCGACGCUGUGGGCGGCUCCUGCGGCUGGCCCUGCGGGUCCAACCCGUCGGUAGAGGGCCUGGCAGGCUGCCCCGACGGCGUGCUGCAGGUGGACCCGCUGGAGGGCGGAGACGGCUACAGGGUGGGCGGUCGUGACUUGUUUAACGUGAGCCUCGUGGGCAACGUGGACCUCAGGGCGUGCAUCUCCGAUUCAUGGUCUGAAGAGUGCAUCACUUCCACCUCGCUGAUGUCCCAGUGGCCGUGUCACACGUGCCGUCAGACGACGAUCUCGGCGACUCUGCAAGAGCAUUCCCUGGACUACGACAGCCUGCCGCGUAUGGAGGUCACGCUUCGAAGUGUGGCCGAUGAUGACGGCACACUCCUGAACGCGAACGCUGCACCGCGUGCGUACAUUUUCACCACCGGCAUAGACGUCAGCGGCAUCGGCCCAGCUGGCAUGUGGAACGGCACUUGGAAGAGGCUGUACGACCCAUCGGUGUACGAUUCCGUGACCCACCCGAAGCCCAAACCGCUGGCAGUUGUGGAGAUUGAGCAAGCUGAGCUUGAGAGCGGCGAGACCGCCAGUGUGCAGGCUCUGCUGGACGAUGCGGACUGGAACCUCAUGGAGUUCCGAGACAUGAACAAAGUGACGCUGAGCCCCAGCCAGUGCUUCGGUCGGCGGGGCCCGCUGUACGUGGUGGCCUGCGCGGUCAAUGCCAGCCUCUACGGCGAUCUGUUCGAGCUGCAGCUGGGGCAGACCGUGGCCCCGCCACCCUUCAACGACCGCUGUCUCGCGGUGGCUGGCCGCUGUGCGUACGCGUGCGGGGAGGCAUCGGGGGAGCCCAUGCUGUACUGCACGCCAGAGGGGACGAUCGAUAUGGCGGAGCUGGUCUCGAACUUCGAGGUGCCCACCAACGACGGCGUGGCGGUCAACGCGUUCGUUGUGACCCUCCUCAUAGGAUUCGCCGUGAGGCUCGUCACGUACUUCCCGGGCUUGUUCAUUCCGUACAAGCAUCCCAAAUUCUAUCAUCCCGGCAUGACAGGGCAGUUGAAGUACAUUGCAGUUUGCGCGCCCAGUGGAGGCGAGACCAAGGCGGUUGUGCUCCGCAAUAUUGUCGGUGCAUUCUCCGGCAUGCCCAAGAGCUGCCAGUGCCCUUUCUAUGUCGUGUUCGCAGACGAGGGGCACAGGCACCCGCAAAAGGUUAUGUUCAGGGCGUUCGCCACGGUUCUGAAGCAUAUCCCAGACGUCUCCCUGAACCAGCUCACGGGCGCGAGGUCUCCAAGAAGCGCGUCCCCUUCUGGCUACAAGGAGGACAACCUGAAGACAUUCACGAAGCUGUGGGUGGAGCAGACCAGGCUGUUCCGGCUGGCUACCUGCGAGACUGCCAAGACUGCGUCAAAGAUCAAGUCGCUGCGCCAGAAGCUGAAGGAGGGCGAGGAGCCAACGGCUGAAAUCAAGAAGCUUGAGAAGCAGCUCGACGACCUCGCCGGGGUAACGGCACUGAAGACGCUGCAGUCCCGCUCUGGGUGGCCGAAGGCAAGCGACGGCACCGAGGCUGGCAAUUUCAUCCGCGACCUUGAAGAGGCGCUCCAGCAGCUGCGCAAGGAGCUCGCCUGCGGCGAGAAGACGUUCGAUGGUGCUGGAGUGUGCGAUGCGCGAGUGCCAAUGCACCUGGACGACGUGGAAGCGCACGUCUGGACGCCGCGCCCAUCGAGCGCCAACCCGAGCCCGAGGCCGCUGUACACGCUGCAUUAUUGUGGCCGUGCUAAGCCGGACGAGGACGACAGGAUCCUUAAAGUACAGCACGUGGCACGUGGGGUGUGGUAUUACAAGAUCCCGCAGCUGGAAGAAGCCAGGGGCCAGAAGAGUUGGCGAGAGUGGCGCAAGAACGCCCAGGAAUUCACGGAUGCCGACUUUGACACGAAGAAGUACCUCGUGCCGUUGCGUACCAGCCGCGGCAAGGCCGGUGGCCUGAAUUUUGUGGAGAACUAUUUGUUUGACUACACCAUGCGCUUGGAACCCGCGGCGAACGAUGCCCUGGAGCCUGGCCGUUUCAAGUAUUCUCUAUUCAGCAUCGCCGACGCGCGCCACCAGUUCCAGCCAGACUUCAUGCACGAGACUAUUCCCUUCUUUUUCCAGAAGCGCAGGAGCCACGAAGAUGACCAUGAGGUGGACACUUCGGUUGCGUUCACCCAGUGCCCGCAGUUCUAUCCGGAGAUGCCCGACGACGUGGAUUACCUGGACACCAACAACUCGAACUUCUUCCGCCUGAACUGCAUGCUCAGGAACUGCGCUGGCGGCGUCAGCUCCUGCGGCACCGGCGGCACCUGGCUAAUCCGGGACAGACGUGCAGGCAUCCAUGGCACGGACAGCAUCUGGGAUAUGGAGUCAAUCGAGAUGAAGCGCCAGGGGUUCACGCAGAUCAUCGAGUACACCUUCUUCCACGAGAGCUGCAAGGUCGAGGACACUGCCAGUUCUCUUGACCGUGUCGUUAAGGGCAAGCACUCCCAGUACAUCAACCAGCGCCUCGCCUACGGCAUGGCCAAAGACCCGGUGGACUACCUGGCCGCGGUGCAGCGCUGGGCCGAGGGUGGCGUUGUACUCUCCCUGCAGACCUUUCUCGGAUGCGAGGAAGGCAUCCACAUGAUUUGGAUGACGUUUGUCUUGUUUUUGUCGUUCAUCGGCUCCCUGUUCUGGCUGGUUUACGGACCGGGUUACAAGGGCCUCUUCGACGUGGCAGGCGAUCUCGUCCCCACUGCCGGCGAGUGGUUCCGCGAUGCCAUGCUUGAGAUUGCCAUUCAGUUCGCGGAUUGGUGCGAAGGCUACGGAGCCACGACCGAGACAUACAAGCACGUCUAUGUGGACAUGUUCCUGAACGUGCAGGGCUGGAUCUUCGCGGUCUGCCUCUUCUUCAUCGUGCUGCUGGUGAUCACGACCAUCUCGCACUGGCUCCAUCACUGCACGUGCUGUGGGAGGAAGCGGAAACUUCGCCGCACUCGUUUUCCAACCACAAUGGCGCAGUGGGCGCGCUUGCUCAUCACGAUGGACAACUUAACGUAUUUUCUUUGGUUCUGGACUGCCUUCUUCUGGGUUGGCUUUAACUACUACGCAGUCUUCUUCCGCAGGUACUACCACUUCGACGCGGAUGGCAUGGUGCUGUUCUCGUGGAUGAUGCAGGCCCUGUCCUGGUCGAUGGUGAUCAGCGCCACCUGCCGCUACCGCAUGGAUCAGAGCAUGGCUGCCAACGAGGUGUUCUUUCUCAGCCUGACGAACAUCUGGCGCACCACUCAACUCUUCUACAUCACUGCACCGCUCACUGCAUACUCCAUCGUCAUGGGCACAUCCGAUUUCUUGAAGAACAGGAUGCUUGGCGUCGACAUCAGUUACUGGGUUGGCGGCGAUCGUGGUGCCGUGUCAAAGGCCAUGACGCAGUGGUGGACGCUGUUCCUCGUCAGCGCCAUGGUAGUCGUCCAGAUCCUGUUUUGGGCCAACAUGUUGCCCCACGCUGACGUCGUCGGGGUCUUCAUUGUCAGCUUCAUCGGAUUGGACGUGAUGCAUCCGUGUGCUUUCCUGUGGCUCGGCACAGAGGCCGAGAAUCUUCCGAAGCCGCCAACAGGCGAAAUGCCUGGCUGGCAGCGCUGCCUUCGCAGGGGCUUUCAGCUCGCGUUCAGCGCCGCCUUCUGGCGCAACUGUAUGCGCAAGCUGGUCUUCCAUCCUCGUACCGCGAUGUGUGUCCAAUGGAUCGGGCCCAUACAGAACGUGUUGAUGCCCAUCCUCACCAUGUGGAUGCCCGAGCUCGGCAUCAACAAUGCGCUCCUGCUUCUGGCGACUGUCAAGUGAGAGCCCUCACUAUCCUUCUCUUCUCCUCCCCCUUCGUCUCCUCCCUUUCCAGACCCCUCCCUCCCUCCCGCCCUCCUCCCCCCCCGCCCCCCCGCGCCGCGGCAGCGCUCCCCGAGACGGGUGUCGCGGCCCUCCGCCCUCCUGGCCACAAGAGCCACGCCCGAAAAUUCGAGACAUGCGGCGGGCCGCGCUGACCCGCCGAAACUCCAGCGCGUGCCCCGCCAGAGGCCACCAGUGGUGAGCUUCCGAGCGCGAGGAGGAUUCGAAGCAGCUUACAGAUCCCUCGCUGGCGCCGGCAGGGGCGCCGCAGCCAGACGGGGCAGGCUCAACGCCUGGCCCUGCGCGCGGCCCUGGCGGGAUCGGCGGCAUCCUCGGCCCCAGGCGGUGGCCUCGGCCCCCAUGGUGGCGAGCUGCGGCCUGCCAAUGCGCGCCGCAGGCGCCACCGUAGGCCGGCCCUCCAGGAUCUGCUCGAGGGGGCAGCUGACGCCGCAGCCAGUGCUCACCAUGGAGAAAGGGGUCCUGAGAUUCUUCGCAGGUUUCGGCCUGGUGCCCUUGCCGGGCCCCAGGGCCAUCAGGAGUUGGUCGGCGCGGGGGUCCCACACCAUAUGUGCAUGCUGUUUCCUGGCACCUUUCCUCCCCUUCCUCCUCCUCCCCCUCCUCCUCCUGCUCCUCCUCCUCCUCCUCCUCCU